AUGGCCGAGUCUAUCCACGGUAGCGAUACAUUGACGCUAAAAGCUUUGCUUGAAAGCCAGAGCCUGUUCAACCCACUAUCCAUUAGCGAAGCUUUCAUAGCCAACAAGAAUAAAUCUCCAGCCUACCCAUCACGUGAGCCAAGUCCAGUCAAAGUUGACAUUGAUUUCGAGCCCUCUAUUACUGACGUUGCCUUGGCAACGAUUCCAGGACAGGAUACCUUUGAUCCCAGAACGGCAAGUUUUAAUGACGAUGAACUAAAACCACAACCAAUGAUCAAGAAGUCAAGGAAGGUUUAUGUUCCAGAUGAACAGAAGGACAGUAAAUAUUGGGAGAGAAGAAGGAAGAACAACUUUGCAGCUAAGAGGUCGCGCGACGCCCGACGAGUUAAAGAGAACCAAAUCGCUAUUUGUGCUACAUACCUGCAAAAAGAAAACAAUGCUUACAGGCUUAAAAUUCAGAGCUUGAAGAAGGAAAAUUUAAACUUGAAGAAAAUCAUUGAAGAGUAUGAAACUGAGAUGAAGUUGUUAAAUUCACUUGUAAAAUGAAUUUACAUAAAUAUGGUUUUUUUAAUAUGUAAAGAAUACAGUAAACAAAAUUAUAAAAAUUGACCUAGUUAGGGACUGCCUAUUUGGCAUGCACAAGAUGAACUGAAAUAAUGUAUACCAUGAUUGUCUGUAAACUAUGUGGAUUUAUUUUUAUAGUUGUGAGUUUCAUGCAUGUAGGAUUUGAACCGCAACCUCUCUGGAGUGUGAAUCACACUUGUAACUGAUCCGAGCUUUCGAUUGUGCGACAAUGGUAGGACGUAGAACAUAGUAGCAUCACAUAGUCAUCUACGCAUGCGAGCAUGUUAAGUUCUUGUGUCGCGUGGAUUUCAAAAUACAGUUUCGCCAAAUGUAUGUCGUGCAGAAAACAUAGCAUGGUCACUCAUGGAUUAAUCCGUUACAGCGUCACAUCGUCGCACAAAUCGAAAGCUCUUUAGUAUUCAAGGGGCGCGGGACUUAGUGGAAAGGGCCAAUGGAAGGCAACCAUUGUUAAUGCCCAACUGCAGCUGUUAUGAAGUAACCCAUAUAAGGUUAUGUAACAAGAUGGAUUUAUAAUAAAGUGUAUAUUUUAACCAGCUUGAA